GGCUGGUGUGGAGAGAGAGAGAAGAGAGAAGAGAGAGCGCAUUAAAGGCGUCUCAUCAGUUACUGAAGCAUACAUGCUCCGAAACCACCUGCGCCCUCUCCUCUUUCCGUCUCUCUUAUUUUUUUAUUGCUCCUCGGUUAAAGCAGCAGCGACAAACAACGAAAUAGUCCUGCGACCAUCUCCUCACGCACAGUGAGUGGAGACAGAGAAGGAAGAGAGUCCUCCAAGUAAAGCGAAGCAAGGUAAGGGGAGGGAAGGUGUCGAUGGAGAAAGCAGGUGAUUUGCCCUCUCUUAUUUAGCAUACGAAGAGGCGUAGGAGUCUUAUUUAGUCGUCGCAGGGAUUCCCCAGCCAUCCUCGACCAUCUCCUGUUUUGGCUUCCUACUAUAUUUGCUUCUUUAUAUAGACGAGUGUGCAUAAAGAAGAAGGGGAAGGGGGAAGAAGGGAUGGCGGCGGCGGAGGAGUUGAAGGUGGGGACGAGGGAAGGCGAGGAGGAGGAGGAGGAGGGGCAGAAGGGGGUGGACGCAGACAAGCUUAGCUAUGAGAUUUUUUCUAUUCUUGAGAGCAAAUUCCUCUUUGGAUAUGAUGACCACAAGCUCUGGCUGCCAAAGGUGCCACCUUUGCCAGGCUACUACGCCGGCGACCAGGCGACGCAGGAUGUCAGGAGCCAGAGGGGCAAGGUCUGCUUGCUCUGCAUCGACGGCGGCAGCGGCGGAUUGAGGGGAAUCUUCCCUGGAAAAGCCCUCGCCUACCUAGAGCAGACCCUCAGGUCCAAGUCCGGCGACCCCGAUGCGAGAAUCUCUGAUUACUUUGACGUCGCUGCAGGAACCGGCGUCGGGGGCGUCUUUGCCGCCAUGCUCUUCGCUACCCGCGACGGCGUCCGUCCGCUCUUUUCCGGUGACGACACUUGGCGUUUCCUCGCCGACCAUGGAGAUCGGCUUUUGGGGAAGGCGCCGCCCUCGACCCCGUCUUCUUCAUCGUCCUCCUCUGGUUUCCUCUGCGGCGUCUUCCGCGGCGGCGGGUGCGGUGGAGGGAUGUCGUCACCGACGAUUGCCAUGGAGAGGGUAAUGAAGGAGGCGUUUGGGGAGAAAUUGACUCUCCGCGACACGAUAAAGCCAGUGUUGAUCCCGUGCUACGACCUGCAGACCUCGGCGCCUCUCGUCUUCUCGCGCGCCGACGCGUUGGAGAGCCAGAGCUUCGACUUCCGGCUUUGGGAGGUCUGCCGAGCUACGUGGGCUGUGCCGGGCAACUUCGAGCCGGCGGAGAUGCGGUCAGUGGAUUGCACCACCGCAUGCAUAGGCGUUGACGGCGGCCUAGCGAUGAGCAACCCGGCUGCCGCGGCCAUCACCCACGUUCUCCACAACAAGCAGGAGUUCCCCUUCGUCCGCGGUGUCGAGGAUCUCCUUGUCCUCUCACUGGGCUGCGGCGCCGGUGGACCCUCCUCCACAAUCCCCGAAGAGGAGCAGCGCAAGGCACGGCGGUGGAGCGGCAAGGAGUGGGCGCGUCCUGUGGCUCGUAUUGCCGCCGACGGCGCUGCCGACCUCGUAGACCAAGCGGUGGCGAUGGCUUUCGGCCAGUGCCGGAACUCCAACUACGUGCGUGUUCAGGCAAAUCCUUCGACGAUGGGGAAAUGCCGAGUGGAUGUGGAUUCUGAACCAACCCCUGCAAAUUUGAAGCUCCUGCUGGGCGCUGCCGAAGAAAUGCUGAAGCAGAAGAACGUGGAGUCGCUGCUAUUCAGCGGGCGGAGGAUUGGCGAUCAAACCAACAUGGAGAAGCUGGAUUGGCUUGCGGGGGAGCUUGUGCUGGAGCACCAGCGGCGGAGCUCGAGGAUCGCCCCCACAGUUGCCUUCAAGCAAGCUCCUCACAAUUCCACCUAGAACUGCCAUGCGCGCGCGCGCCAAGAAUAAAAAAGUAAUCAUCGUUCUUCUCCCUCUUGUUUGCUGGAUCUUGCUGCUUUUUUUCAUAGCGGAUUAGCAUCGAACUCCUUAGGAUUUGAAGAGAGUCAAGGAAUUGAGGAAUGGUCCAUGACUAUGUUUGCAAGUGAUUUGUUUCUGAUUGGUCUCUGUUGAUAGUUAGUCAUUUCAGGAGCAUUCCAUCUCCUUGGGAAUGUUCAUCACCAACAACUUUUGUUUUAAUAGUCAAGAUUGUAAUAUAUAUGCAAAAGGCUUGUUGUAUGAUAUUUAUCUGAAGAAAAUUGAAUUCUCUUGCAA